AUGGCAACCACCACAAACUCAAGUUCCCAACAGCCUAAUGGCUCCGGGUCGUCUGCCAAAGAGACCAACAACAACAACCACAUCACCAUCCCAGUGCCCAUCUCUCUCACCAGCACCAACCCCACACUACCACCAGCGACCUCACAGGCCCUAAUAGCACACCUCCGAGCGACAGGAAGCAUCGGGGACCUGAGCGCCGUCCUCGCCGAUUCCCUUGCCCGCACAGGCUGGACGGACCGCGUGCGCUCCUUGUCGCUUGAACUCCUGCGCAACGGCUCCUGCGACACCUUUCCCGAACUCAUGUCCGAAGUCCUUCGACGAGCCCGCAUUCCAAAGUCGUCGUCCGCCGAGAACAACAAGAACACAAACGCAAAUGCAAAAAAUGGAACUACUACCGCCACAAAUGGCAUCGCCGGAAACACAACCAAUGGACUCAAUGGCAGCCAGGCAAUUGCACUCAGCAAAGAGUGGUCGGGCGGUCCGGACGGGUUGCCGGAUGUGAGCAUACCGGAGGCCACGGUCGAGGUUGGCGUUGAUUUCUUGAAGGAGAGGAUCAAGGAUGCUGUUGAGCCUGUCGAUGAUGAUAGUGAUUGA